AUGGUGGAGGAAAGUGGGAGGAAGAAGAGGCCAAACAUUCUGGUGACAGGUACCCCAGGGACGGGGAAGACUACGACAUGUGCUGCUCUAGCUGAAGCCACAAAACUUCGCCACAUGAAUGUUGGGGAUUUAGUCGGAGACGAGAACUUACAUGAUGGCUGGAAUGAUGAGCUUGAUUGUUUUGUCCUUAAUGAAGACUUGGUCUGUGAUGAGCUUGAGGAUCAAAUGGAAGAAGGGGGAAAUAUAAUGGAUUAUCAUGGGUGUGAUUUCUUCCCUGAGCGAUGGUUUGAUUGCGUUGUUGUACUUCAAACUGAUAACACCGUGCUGUAUGACCGCUUGAGUAGGAGAGGUUACAAUGAAUCAAAGCUUUCUAACAACAUAGAAUGUGAAAUCUUUCAAGUUCUACUUGAGGAAGCUAAAGAAAGUUACCCAGAGGUGAUUGCUAUGAAGAGUGACACCAUUGAAGAUAUUAAUAGAAAUGUUUCAACUUUGACGGAUUGGGUAAGAAAUUGGCAUCCUACAUCCUAGAUUUCUAGUCAUAUAAAAAAGGGGA